UGGCAGAAUAAAAUCUACUGAUAGGCUUGAGCGAUCGGGGCGCGCAGCAUAUGAGUGGGUUUAAAUUUAUGCCCUGGUGCUGUAAAUUUAAACUUCAAAAUAAAAAUUUAUUUUUCUUACCGUGUCAAUAGAUGCACCAAUAUUUGGGAACGGUAUUAUUUUUUUCCUCCUAAACUUUGAAACACGGAGUAAUUUUACAAUUACAACUCCGCUGCUUUAUUUGUGUCUGAUGCGUGGAGUAGGACAAACUCACCGCCACGUACUCUGAGUCACGUGCAGAGAGACUACCACCAUCGUACGGUGGUAGCGCUGUCACUACCAAUGGUGACAAAUUUCGGUGAUAGGUUUAUCACCAUUACGGUGACCCUUGCUAUCUCCACUCGCAUGGUGAUAACGCCUAUCACCCAAUUUCUUAGAGUGUGCACUCGUCCCCUGGAUGGGAAAUUAAAAGGGAUUCCUCCUGAACAUCAAACCUUUUAAGAAAUGUAAUUCUAUUUUGGCCCAUGUCCAAGAAGAAUUUGAAAUUUUAUUACAAUGCCGGUGCAGUCAAAACACUGCGGUGGAAAAGUAACUACGUUUUACAUGGCUGCUAAACUUGAGAAACUUAACUCAAAAGAGUUGAAUUCAAAUCAUGAACGAUUUAUUGAUGAAUUGGCUCCAAACAAUUCCGCCUCAUUGGUGAAGCUGAAUCUUACCCGAGAAUAUUUUGGAGAAAACAAUUACGUAUUUUAUAAAGCCGUUUUGAAUAAGUUGGUUCUAAACAGUCCAGACGAUGCUACCGUAAGGUAUUUGCAAGAUACCUUGAGAGGUAUGAAUUUGAACGCUGAAGCAGAUGCCAUUCUCAACCCGGAUGGAGAUACUCAUAUUUGUGAAAACUGCAAAAUCGUAAAUCCAACACAACUUUGGAAGAGGCGCAUGCGGGAUGUGUUAGUUGUGCUAGUAGCUUUAAUUUUGAUUUUGGCACCUAUACUGGGAAUAUACAUAGUCCCCAAAUUGUUCAACGACACCGAAGAAUACAGUACUUCAUCACCACAUUUAAACAUUACUUUGAAGUCAAAUUGGAACGAGUCAUCAAUGCCAAUAACUCCUGACGACCGAAUAAUAGCGACAACAACCUCCGCUAAAACGAUCCCAAGGAAAAGCUACACUUAUCCAGAUUUUAAAUUUGGUCGCGGUGAUAGAGUUGUACCAGACAUGACCUCAAAAGAAUUUAAUUUGCAAGUAAAUAACUACGGGGAUUUGAAACCGCACUCAACGUGUCUGCACAACAGGUAUCAUCUCGGUUUUCUAGACUGGAAACCUGUAAGAGACGCAAUUUUCCAGUCGGACUGUCCAAACAGAGUGACCACGUUGUCCGUCACUGGAGGUGUUUCGCCUCACGAAUUGGUUCAGAUGCUUAAAGGGUUUUACAAUGUAGAGCAUGUUUUUCUCACAACUUUGGACAAAUUUUGCGAAAUUCUUCAAAAUAUGGAAGUCGUUGUUCCUCUGAAAUUGGAUUGGAACUCAAAAAUCAAGAACAUAGUGUUGACAGACGUGCCACCAAAUUGUGAAAAUGGAAGACUUUACUUGUCCUCUCUAACAAAUAAAGUAGACUUUGAAUGGAUCACAAGAUACAAGGUUUUUCACAAAAGUUAUGAUUUGCAAGAUGUUUAAGAUUUGAUCUCAUGAGUGCUGGAUUAUACGCUUACCAGUAAAUUGAUCCAGGUAUUGAUGUAAUUGAGAGCGAAAUGUGUUCUAAAAUAAUAUUUGUUGAGACUAUUUUAAAUCUUACAGUCCAUGUUACACAUUUAAAAUAUUUACAUAUUUACAAUACAUAUUGUCUGCAAUCUUGUUAAGUACGUCAUUCCCAUUAGAAUAAUGUAGCAAUACAAAUAAUUGUAAUUGCAACUGAAAGUGCUCCUACAUACUUUCAAGAAGUCUACAACACCUCACAGACCAGGAGUCUCAUCACCGCACAAAUUCCAUUUGUACACCGAGAAAAGACAAUUUUUUGAGUAGAAUGAAUCCUGAUGUCCUGUCAAGCAGAAAGCAACAUCAAUUUCCUCUUUGUCUCCACUUAGCUGCACUUGUAGUAGCCGAAAAAAAUAGAUGUAACGAGGGACGGAUGGCCAUCUCCGUCAGUUUGCGGGCGGGUGAAAGCGUCGAAGCGAUAGUGUCCACUUUCAUUCCACUCACAGACCGAGAGAAACGGAGGAAAAGAGCAGUAUAAAGCUACUGCUCUCCUGCUUCCACUCCAAUUCCAGGUGGGCAUCAAGGUGUGAAAAGUCACGUUUGAAAUGAGAAAGGAAAGCGGUGUAAAUUUUUUAGAAAGUUGGCCAACUCAUCACAAUGCCCGCUUCGUACGUUUCACAAUUUCACCACAAUUUCACAUGGGACUCCUCAACAUCCACUCGUCGACAACUUGACUUUUGACUCCAAGCAACCAUCAUCAACCCCACCACCGCAAACAGUUCGGAAAGUUUCACAUUUCUCGCCAGACAGGCGAGAAGAGGUAUAAAAAACCACAAGACGGAGUCGUGCCUGUGCUACUUGAUUCUCAUGCUGAAUCUGAAUCUUGAUUAUUUUUGGAAAUUUCUCCACCUUCUUCUUCUCCUCGCUGAGGUGGAGAGCAAUUUACUGAAACUUGUGCAUUUUACAUAGUUUUGAGCUUAGUUCGUUGUAUUUUCUACAUUGGAAAGCUUUCCUGUCAUCUAAUAUUUACGAGAAGAAGGGGGCAGGAAUGCAGACAGACGUGUUGCCGUUUCAUGGCCAAAAUUGUGUAACAAAUUGUAUAAACUUUACAAAUAUGUGUGUACUCCGUUAUGUCACGAUUAUACAUCAAUGUGCUCGUAAAGGAUUUCCUCUUUUUAGUUAAUAAAUUGAUGUUUGAUUCCCA